GCAGAGAUCUUGUGAUUAUCCCAAGACAGGAACACAUAGACAAGGAUAUUGUCAGGUUUUCUUACAAGUCUUUUUUAUCUCUUGUCGGAAAACUCAGAUAAUCGGAUAGGCAAUCAUAAUGGCUUCAGGAGGAUCAAAGUCGGCAGCUUUCAUGCUUCUGUUGCUGAAUCUUGGCCUCUAUUUUGUAGUCACCGUCAUCGCUUCCUGGGCUGUUAAUCACGGCAUCGAGAGAGCUCGCGAGUCCGCGUCGGUGCUGUCUCUCCCGUCAAAGAUCUUCCCGAUAUACUUCCCGGUGGGGAACAUGGCGACUGGCUUUUUCGUAAUAUUCUCGUUGAUCGCCGGGGUCGUCGGAAUGGCGACGUCACUCAGCGGGAUCAUGAACGUUCUUGAGUGGGACUCUCCGAAUCUCCACUCUGCCGCCGCUUCCUCUCUCGUCUCCUGGUCGCUCACUCUCCUCGCCAUGGGAUUGGCUUGUAAGGAGAUCAAUAUCGGCUGGACCGAAGCCAAUCUAAGAACUCUUGAAGUGUUAACAAUAAUUGUAAGUGGUACUCAGUUGUUGUGUACCGGAGCCAUUCACGUCGGAGUUGGAGAAACAGUCGCCGCGGAGAGGCCUCAUGCGGGAAGGGUUUGAGUUUCAAAAAUUAAGAGAACAGUAUAAUUGUUUGGUUUGGUAUACUCAAAACAAGAGUUUGUGGUCGUGUGUGUUGUGUUGUGUGUUGGUUGUUUUAUUCUCAUCUUCUUCUUUUUUUGUCUUUUCUACACCUUGAUUGUAUACGGCGCUAUCUGAAAUAUGAAUUAAUAUCAUUGCUGAAAA